GGCGCAGGGACUGGAGCAAAAGUGAAGCGCAGCGCAGGGCCAGCAGCCUGGUCUCCCCGCGGUCACCAUGGAUCUGUCUCGCGCUGCCUGUCGUCUGAACGUUGUGCUGGGCCACCUCGGCCGCCCCUGGGCCGGGGCCGUAAUAGCGCACCCCACUUCAGGGACUCUUCCUUUUGCCAGUUUUCAUCCUCAACAAUUCCAGUAUACUCUGGAUAAUAAUGUUCUAAGCUUAGAACAGAGAAAGUUUUACGAAGAAAAUGGGUUUCUUGUCAUUAAAAAUUUGGUGUCUGAUGCUGAUAUUGAACGCUUUAGGAAUGAGUUUGAAAGAAUCUGCAAACAGGAGGUAAAACCAUAUGGAUUACAGAUAAUGAAAGAUGUGACCAUUGCAAAAUCAGAAUAUGCUAUAAGUGAAGAAGCAGUUACCAAGGUCCAGAAUUUCCAAGAAGAUGAGGAACUCUUCAGAUACUGCACUCUCCCUGAGAUUCUGAAAUAUGUGGAGUGCUUCACUGGACCCAAUAUAAUGGCCAUGCAUACCAUGCUGAUAAACAAACCUCCAGACUCUGGCAAGAAGACAUCCCGCCACCCUCUGCACCAGGAUCUGCACUAUUUCCCCUUCCGGCCCAGCAAUAAGAUUGUUUGUGCUUGGACGGCCAUGGAGCACAUUGACCGGAACAACGGCUGCUUGGUGGUGCUCCCGGGCACACACAAAGGCACCCUGAGGCCACAUAAUUAUCCCCAAUGGGAGGGGGGAGUUAACAUCAUGUUCCAUGGGAUCCAGGACUAUGACAAAAACAAUGCCCGUGUGCACCUUGUGAUGGAGAAGGGAGACACUGUUUUCUUUCAUCCUUUGCUCAUCCAUGGAUCUGGUCGGAACAAAACUCAAGGAUUCCGCAAGGCAAUUUCCUGCCAUUACGCCAGUGCCGACAGCCACUACGUCGAUGUGAAGGGCACUAGUCAAGAAAACAUUGAGAAGGAAUUAGUGGAAUAUAUAAAAAAAAAGAAUGGCCUUGAAGAUCUCUCUAUGAAGGAUAUUUGGAGAUUUCAAGCACGGCUUGUGAAAGGAGAAAGAAUCAACCUCUGAGACAGCCCUUUGCUAUAACUCUUUUAAAGGAAAUCAAAAUUAAACAAGGUGUCUAAGGAAAUAUUUUCUUAAUGAGAUGAUGACAUAAUCUUUUCUAUCACUUGUUAACAAAAUCAAAAUGCAUGUAUCAGAUACUUAAUUGCAUAUAGGUAAUUUUGCAGUGCAACGAUGUUGCUUUGAUGAAUAUAAAAUCAAUAAAAGUGAAAUAUUACCAUUUUAAGGAAAAUAAAGUUAGGCUUACAACCAAAUAAAUGUGAUUGCUGCAUAA